GCGACAACUCAUAUUCUAUGUCUAUUGCAGAUUCACCAACUGAUCUUCACGUCAUCCACGCCUUUGGUUCGUACUCACAUUUAGUCGCGGUGGUGGAGGCCGCGGUGGUUUGCGACAGCCCCAACUGAUCUGCGUCUCACUUCGACUCCCCGCCCGCGGCCACUCAAGCCGGUUCCGACGGUCACUACAUUGACGUCGCACCACUCACUCGAACGUCGGUUCACGAUAAACACACUCUCGUCGUGUCCCCCCGGCGAUGAGGGAAACGAUCGUCAUGUCCGGCAGUCUAUCGGGGAGCCCUCUGGACGGGGAGCUCAGCCCAACCUUCGACGACGACAACCAUAAUGGUGUCAGCAUCUUCGCUGGACCACCUCAUAUGCUCGAAAGCGGGGAAACUCAGCCUGCGGGGCUUGAAAUACAAGAACCGCCAUCCACCCCAGACGAAUCUGCGCCAUAUCCCAUGAGUGACGACGAGGGGGGAAUGCUGUCAGAUGGCGGGGUUCAGCUGGAUAUCAGUCAAGCUCAUACCGAGUCCGUUGAUCCCGACACAGAUAUGGCUCUGCCCGCCGAGGAAAACUCCAAUUUACUUUCAAUUCCACAAAUGCAUGUCAUCUCGGAGCAUGGCACCACCAAUAUUGCCGUCGGAUUAGAGUCGGACACCAUGCAACCCUCGUGGCCACAGGAACACGGCCCUGGUGUGGCUUAUCAGAUUUUGAACCUAUUAGAUGAGAUAUCAGGCUUAACACAACAAAUACAGCAUACUCAGGACGAGCAUCCAGAACUGCAACAUAUCGAGCAACAAAUACAUGACCUGCAACAACUUCAAACCUUGCAACACAUCCAAGGCGUACAAGAGCAAGGCGAGCAGCCAACGAUACCACACGGGGUGGCUUAUGAUCAAGGUUCGAUGCCUACCGUAUCCAUGCCUCUCAAUGCGGAAGACUCGGGUGCCGUUCCAUCACUCUUGGAACCUGGUGGCCAGGCUUUAACUCAUGUUUUGCACAUUCCUCCACCAGUGAAUACUUCAACACAGUCUGGUAUUGCUGGCAUCUUUGAGGUCAUGAAUGGCGUUGAUAUACCUUUCAAUGCUCCUCCAGCUAAUACCGUACAAGUCGACGAUGCACAUGACAACAUGACGCUAUCUGACUUCCUGUUCCGCUGGAGCCUCACUAUCAGAUCCGAAUCGAGGAAGGCAAACAGAGGCCCUCGAUUAGAGCGUUUGCGCGAGUUCGGAACAUCCAUGCCAACCGAAAUCCGAAGGACGGAUUUGCGAGGCGAAAGGUGUGAUAUCCAGGGGAUAAACUGGAAAAAACUGGAGGUCAAGCGACGAGACGCGAGGAGGAUGCGGAUCGCGAGUUAUAAGAAUUAUCACAACUUAACUCCACCACCCUGGCUGUCGCAUGUUCUCAGCGACUCGUAUAUCCAGGACGACAGCAAAGAUUUUUUCAAGUUUCGCCGGAUGAAUUUUAAGCACAAGAUGGACCUCCCUCACUUUCAAUUGCGGAACCUUGUUGCCUGCACCUCUAGGAAUAACGUUUUCCUGGCCGGAUCAUAUCGCGUGAUCCAGACAAAUCCUAAUUACGGACAGCGUUGCAUUGCAAUGAACCUUUCCGAGCCAGAAGUUCAGCCUACGCACGGGCCGCCCUGGGGUGGCGUUCAAAUAUCGACUCUUGCUGCCAACCAUGGUGUUCUCAUUGCCGGCGGCUUUCAUGGCGAAUAUGGCAUGAAGGCAUUGAAUCAACCAGACUCCAAGCACAUCGAGGGGCUUGUUGUAGACCAUCCGAACUGCAUAACAAAUCACAUCCAAAUCAACCUCAGUCGUCAGAGCGGAGUUCCCGAAGCCGUCAUUGUUUCAAAUGAUAACGGAAUCCGCACACUGGACUGCACCACCAAUAAGUUCACAAGGUACCACCACUAUGAACAUGCCAUCAAUUGCUCAGCCCAGAGCCCAGACCACCGACUCCGAGUGCUUGUCGGAGACACUUGUGAUGUUAUGAUCUGCAAUGCCGAAACAGGAGAAAUUCUUCAGAGGCUCGAAGGGCAUUGUGAUUACGGAUUUGCCUGCGACUGGGCAGAUAACGGAUGGCACGUCGCAACCGGAAACCAGGACAAACUAGUCAAAAUCUGGGAUGCCAGGAUGUGGAAAACAAGCCACGGAGAGGCUAACCCAUUGGCAACAAUUUCCUCGACAAUGGCCGGCGUGCGGAGCUUAAAAUACUCCCCGUUAGGGAGUGGCAAGAGGGUACUGUUAGCAUCGGAACCUGCAGACAUCAUAUCAGUCAUUGAUGCUGAGACAUAUGAGUCAAAGCAGACGCUCGAUCUGUUUGGAGAAAUUGCUGGCACCGACUUCUCCCCAGAUGGGCAAAGCAUUUUUGUCGGCGUACACGAUAACUCUAGAGGUGGGCUCAUGGAGUUUGAGAAGUGCGGAUUUGGUCGGUCAUACGAACAUGAAAACAUUUUCCGGAAACGAGAUCGCGAGGUUGACAUGUAUGAUAGUGAGGAGGUCGAUGAGGACAUGAAAGAUAUGGCGGCCGGGCUAGACUGGAAGAGAUCAAUGUCGGAUGUGGUUGCUAAUCCAAAAUCUAAACGCACUGCAAUGCAUCGACGGAGACGAGCAGCUAAACUAGGGGAUCUAGAGGCUUACUGAACUGGAGUUAUACAUAAGGGAGACGAUGCAAGGGAGAAGGUGCCGAUUGUUACUAUCAACAACGGUUUGGACGAUACGAUGCUAUGACACAAUCAUUUUUCGCGAUAUCACAAUCAUUUUAAUCAAGGGGCGCUUCAAGGAGAUGAUACUAGGGAAAGGCAUGGACAUAUACAGGGUGGUGGUUGGUGAGGCUUAGCAUUUUGCGGCGUUUUCAACAACUGGAGCACAAUGGCUCGAGGAGCCCUAAAACAUGGGCAGCUACUAUUGUUCUCUACAUGGGUAUUUUGAUUCGACGGGGAUAAAAUAACACUUAAAAUAAUAUCAAUUUAUGACGAG